GAUUAAAUCUUAAUGGCGGUAAGCAAAAAGACGAAUAAGUCUACACUUUGGAAUUAAUAUUUUUCUGUCGCGAAGAUGAAUAUUCCGUUUCCCGUACUAACGCCACGGCUAACAGAUUCCAAGUGGUUUAACGCAGACAGUCCCUGCGACGAAGAAGCGGAACUUUGGGCUUUGGAACAAGCAAACCACCAAUGGCUAAGUUCAAUUGGUCAGCAAUAUACAAAACGCGCACCUCUCGGCAAAACGGACCCUGAGCCAAUGGAAGAAGAGGCAGAUACAGAUGAAGAAGAAGGAAAUGACGAAUCCGACGAAUCUGAAGAGUCUCAUGACGAAGACGAGGAAGAAGAACUCAGAACAUCAUAUUCUCCAGCGAGAAACAAUAACGAACUCGAGCCUGACAGCUUGGACGAUCUCAAUGAUGCACCAGAUUUGAAUACAUCCGACCAAAGUGCUCUCUGGCCUAUACAAUAAGCUUGCUGGUGCGGCAGAAAGCCGGCGUUUCGAUCGGCGUUACACAAUUGACAUAAAGUUCAAUAUGCUACGUACGAUUUCGCUACAAAAAUUGGCUUUCAUUCCAUUCCGCAACAAUGUAAAAAGUUGGGCCUACAUUUUCCAAAAGUUAUUUUGUACCGUCGUUCACAACGAAAUUGUAUUAUUAUU